UGUCAACCACAUAGAUAAAACAGAUUACAGGAAAUACCGUAUGAUUAAUUUUGUAGUUUUAUUCUUAUUAUUUGAGGUAAAAAUCGUUGUGGGAAUACCGAGACGAUACAGCUGCCUGGUGCUCCCCCUUACUUCGCUUAGCUAUAUUUUUCGAAGACGGGCACAGCAAAAGUCCACGCAUAUCAUACUUUAUAUGGCUCCUACCAAGAAGGGUGAGAAGAAGAAGCGCUCAGCCAUGAACGAGGUGGUGACCCGGGAAUACACCGUCAACCUCCACAAGAGAGUCCAUGGCAUGGGUUUCAAGAAGCGUGCCCCCCGGGCUGUGAAGGAGAUCCGUAAGUUUGCUGAGAAGAUGAUGGGCACCCCAGAUGUUCGUAUCGACACACGUCUCAACAAGCAAGUCUGGGCCAAGGGUGUCAGGAGUCCCCCAUGCAGGCUGCGGGUUCGUCUGGCCAGGAAGAGGAACGAAGACGAGGACUCGCCCAACAAGUUAUAUACCCUGGUCACAUAUGUCCCUGUCACAACCUUCAAACGUUUGGGGACUGUGAAUGUGGAGAGUGAGGACUAGACAAGUACAUUACCAACAUCCAAUGUAAUAAACAAUAUCUCGGGAA